CGGCGGCGGGCGGCCGAGCCGGGGCUGAGCCGAGGGGUACGCCGGGACCCUCCGCCCGCGGGCAGCGCACCGAUCUUUUUGGAUCCCUGUCUGAUUGCUCCAUGGUCUCAAACUCUCCCCUGUAACUGUCGCAAGGAGCCAAAAUGAAGUUGAAGCAUAACAUCAACCCCAUUCUUCUGCAGUUUAUAAACUUUAUUAUCUUGGUGUAUACGGUUGUAACGUACAUUCCUUGGUACAUAUUUUCAGGCUCAAGGCAGGCUAUAGCAAAAUCCAAGCAGGUUAAGGCUAGACCUGUGAAUAACAGGCCUGGGGGUGCAUACAGGUCUGUUAACAGUCUGCACUGCUUAGCUUCAGUUUUAUAUCCUGGCUGUGAUACACUCGACAAAGUUUUUAAGUAUGCUAAAACUAAAUAUAAGGACAAAAAGCUGUUAGGAACGCGGGAAAUCCUGAAGGAGGAAGAUGAAAUCCAGCCAUCAGGAAAGGUUUUCAAAAAGGUCAUCCUUGGCAAGUAUACCUGGCUUUCAUACGAAGAUGUGUACAUCAAAGCUGUUAAUUUUGGAAAUGGCUUAGCAGUGUUGGGUCAGCAACCAAAGACAAACAUUGCUAUCUUCUGUGAGACUAGAGCUGAGUGGAUGAUUGCAGCACAAGCCUGCUUUAUGUGCAACUAUCAGCUUGUUACUCUGUACGCUACCCUAGGAGGUGCAGCAAUAGUACAUGGGCUAAAUGAAACAGAGGUGACCACCAUCAUUACUAGUAAAGAGCUGAUGCAAACAAAAUUGAAGGCAAUUGUUUCUCAAAUUCCACGGCUGCGACAUAUUAUUACAGUGGAUGGCAAACCAACAACGUGGUCAGAAUUUCCCAAGGGUGUCAUUGUUCACACUAUGGCUUCUGUGCAAGCUAUGGGAGCCAAGGCAGACAGUGGAAACAAACAGCAGGCCAGGCCUGUACCUUCUGAUAUUGCAGUGAUCAUGUAUACAAGUGGAUCCACAGGAAUUCCCAAAGGAGUUAUGAUCUCCCACUGCAACAUAAUUGCUGGUAUAACUGGAAUGGCUGAAAGGAUUCCAAAUCUGGGGGAAAAAGACAUUUAUAUUGGCUACUUGCCUCUUGCCCAUGUUCUGGAGCUGAGUGCUGAACUUGUGUGCCUGUCUCAUGGAUGCCGCAUUGGUUACUCUUCACCUCAGACACUGGCUGACCAGUCCUCUAAAAUCAAGAAAGGAAGCAAAGGUGAUGUUACUACACUUAAACCAACUCUAAUGGCAGCUGUGCCGGAAAUUAUGGAUCGAAUCUACAAAAAUGUCAUGAAUAAGGUAAAUGAAAUGACGAGUUUCCAGCGAAAUCUAUUUAUAUUGGCCUAUAAUUACAAAAUGGAACAGAUUUCCAAAGGCUACACGACCCCGCUCUGCGAUAGCCUUAUUUUCCGGAAAGUACGAAUGCUGCUAGGUGGAAAAAUUCGCAUCCUGCUUUGUGGAGGAGCUCCACUCUCUGCAGCCACUCAGCGAUUUAUGAACAUUUGUUUCUGUUGCCCUGUAGGGCAGGGGUACGGGCUCACUGAAUCAGCUGGAGCUGGAACGAUCACAGAAGUUUGGGACUACACUACAGGGAGAGUGGGAGCACCUUUGGUUUGCUGUGAAAUCAAGUUAAUGAACUGGGAAGAAGGUGGAUAUUACAACACUGAUAAGCCAUAUCCUAGAGGUGAGAUUCUUAUUGGAGGGCAAAAUGUGACUGUAGGCUACUAUAAAAAUGAAGGACGAACCAGAAAGGAUUUCACUAUUGAUGAGAAUGGGCAGAGGUGGCUCCAUACUGGAGAUAUUGGAGAGUUUCAUCAAGAUGGAUGUCUAAAAAUUAUUGAUCGUAAAAAAGACCUUGUAAAACUCCAAGCAGGAGAAUAUGUUUCUCUUGGCAAAGUAGAAGCAGCUCUGAAGAAUCUUCCGCUGGUAGAUAACAUUUGUGCAUACGCAAGCAGUUUCCAUUCUUACGUCAUUGGAUUUGUUGUGCCAAAUCAAAAGGAGCUUGCAGAACUAGCUCGGAAGAAAGGAUUUAAAGGAACCUGGGAAGAAAUCUGUAACAGUCCAGAGAUGGAAAAAGAGGUACUGAAGGUGCUAGCUGAGGCUGCCAUGGCAGCUAAUCUGGAGAAAUUUGAAAUACCAGUAAAGAUCCGUUUGAGCCCUGAUCCUUGGACCCCCGAGACUGGGUUGGUGACAGAUGCGUUCAAACUGAAACGCAAGGAGCUCACGGCGCACUACCAGGGGGACAUCGACCGGAUGUACGGGGCACAUGUCAAAUAAGUGCUUCUCUGCACCACGUUGCUACAGUGAGCUUGGAUCAAAUAGGAAAUACUUGAAUUGCCUGUCUCAGCACUUGAGAUCAAACACCAAACCACCAUUCCUCAUUUGAAGCCUAAACUGUUAUUUCUGAUAACAUCACCCUGAUGACCAGCGCGUUUAGUAAAAUCUUACGGCAGCAAACUUGUGUCUGUCUCCUUUUUUAUCCAGUUUUCUCUGCUACCUUGUCAGUUCUUGGAUUUUCCUGACUGUUUUUGGGAAACCAUGAUUCUGAAGCCUCAAGUUUUUAAACAUUUAUAAAUCCUGUAUAAUGUUUUAUUUGUAUCUUUAACAUUUGGAUGUAUAUAGGGAGAACUUGGCCGUGUAAGAAAUGGUGAUACUGGGGGCCUUUUUUUUACCUAACUAUUUCAAGAUAAUGUACUGAUGUUGUGACAUUCUGUAAAUUAAAAAUGCUUAUAAUGAUGUCACUGUUGAACAGAGGACCAGAUGAUUUGCUGCUGUGGUAUUUUUCUGUGUGAAUCUGAGGGAAAAACAUUUGACGUUACAGCUUGUUUAAAACAUCCUUAAUAUGUGCCUAAUGGUUACUUUUAUUUUUGUCUGAAAGUGAAAAGAUGGUCAUGGCACAGCUCUGCAUAAAGGUGGGUAACUGUGCAGGUGUUAGUGAGCAUCUUUUGUAUUAAAUAACACUUAUUAACACAGCAGAAAUGAAAUGGAGGAAUAAUCUCUCAAAUGCAGAAGCCCCUUCUUGAAGUAGCUCGUGAUCAUUCCGUACAGUAGUUGAACUGCAUGGAGCUAAUAAGAACUCUCAGAAUUAAUUUAAAUUAAUGCUUUGUACGUUUGACAGUGUCUAGCAGACAGACUGCAACAAAUCCUGUUCUGUUUUCUUGUUAGAUUUGGACAACAGAGUGGGUUUGCUGUUUGGUUUGUACAAGUAUGAUAACAGCCCUGUUCUGUGCUAGCUGCAUCCCAGAUCUUACUGGAGAGAGGGGAGGCUGAAGUCCUAAUAGCAGUUAUGUUCUCAGUUCACACAGUGCCUAGCUGCCCUUUGUGCCAUUACAAAUCUCCCUUUUAAUGUUGUGUUCUUCUAUUCAGAGGUUUGUUUUUUGUUCCUUUCAAAGACAGAUAUUUGAGGUAUUUGUCAGCCAGAGUUGUAUUUAUGUUACUUGUCUAAUCAUUACACCAAAAUUCUUACGUUGGGAAGGAGUCUCAGUUUCUGUUUUGCUGUAGAUAUGUGAAUAUUGUUUGAAGAGUUACCAGAAAUCUUUUCAUCUUCAGUGACAACACUUAGAUUUGUUUCGGAUUUGAGUUUUAUUCUCAAAAUAUUUCUAGAAAGAAAAUAAUCAGGGUUACGUCAUUGUGAAAAAAUACACAUCCCUCAACUUUGUGAUGGAGCAAAUACAAAAAUGGUGUUAAUUUGGAGACAAUUCUGGCGUGUAUCAUACUGGCAGUGCUAAAAGUUGAAGUCUUGUUGCUACCUACUUAAUAGCAUGUAAUGGCAGCAUGUGGCCAUUCUGAACAGCAGAAGGUUGGUUUGGGGAAGGGAAUUCCUGCUGCUAGCACUCAGAGUUUUGAUGUGGCUGUUGUGGAAGUUCCUCAAUGUGUGAAUUCUCUUUAAAAAGUAUUCUGAAAUGUUAUUUCAAUUAACACUUUCCACUGGUUACAGAAAGCAGUUUCAAAGCAAUUGAAUGUUAUCCAGUAGGUUUCAGUUUUGGAAAAAUGAUAAGGUUUGUGUGCUUUGUUGUAUUAUCAUCAAUUUCCUCUCCUAUGAAAAAGACUUAUGUUUGUGGUGUAACAGGUGAAAUGGAAAUACAAAAAAAACAGAACUGCUUUUAUAAGAGUGAUGCCUUUGGAUACCUGGAUAAUAGAUGAUUUUUUCUGACAAAUAGGUAAAGAUUCAUGUUGGAAAUGAACUGUCAGGAUGUGGAAGUUUGCCAGGACUGAAGGGAAGUGUCAAGAUGUGUCUGCCCUCCAUCAACUGUUUCUUAAGAUGUUUGCACUCAGCACAGGCCGUGCAUUGCUCAAGUGGUUUUGGUGAAAAUUAAUAAACCACUCAAGUACUGUUACUGUGUGUAACACUUGGUGCAUCGUGCAGCAGGUUUGAUUUAUUUGGUAAAUUCAGAAGGAAUUGGAAAUUGUUACUCCAGAGUUUACAUGCAGUUUUGGGUAAAUUGUGUAAAUGAAACUGAAAUAAUUUGGUA